CGAUGUUCUAGUUUGAAUUGUUAGCCUAUAUAUAUAUAGAUUUAAUCUGUAGACAAUGAAGCUGUAGUUAUUUAGCUUAUUAUAUUAAGACCGACUUUUCUCGGAACUUGGAAUCCCCGCUAGGGCCCCAAGAGCAUAAGGUCCAGUGGCAUUGUGGGUAUGUUGGCAAGGAAAAUAUUAUGGCGGAUUGUUUACAGCAGAGACGGAGCUUGACGGCCUGUUCUGCCUCAGCUAGCACGAAGGACAAAAUUUAAUACCGGACAUUAUUGAGAAACUAUACCCAUGUGUCCUAAGUACUUAAAAACUCAUUAAAUCAUUCAGAAUGUUUAAUAAUAAUCAUCAGUAACAGAUAUUGAACAGAUAUUUCCUAACUUACCUAAGUAUGACUACAUCACUCAGAAGAACACCAUAGUCAAUUCAAGAUUCUUGGCUGCUAGUUGUAAAUGAUAAAAGUUGAGACGCCAUUUUUGUAAGCAAAAGUUUACAUUUUUGUUUAAGCCUGGAUAGUGUAGAUAUCAGUGUGUGCUGACAUGAAACUAGACAAUGUAAUGAACAAGUACGAAGUCAUUGAUAUAGUCGGUGAAGGUGCCUACGGUGUGGUGAUGAAAUGCCGCCAUAAGGAAAACGGAGAAAUGGUGGCCAUCAAAAAGUUCAAGGACAGCGAGGAAAAUGAAGACGUACGACGUACCACCAUGAGGGAACUAAAAAUGCUGAGGUCACUGAAACAGGAGAACAUUGUGGAGCUGAGAGAAGCCUUCAAACGGAAAGGGAAACUUUACUUGGUUUUUGAAUAUGUGGAGAAGAACAUGCUAGAACUGCUCGAACCCUUCCCCAAUGGGAUACCUUUUGAAAAAACUAGGAGCUUGACCUACCAGCUAUGUAAGGCAGUUCAGUGGUGUCAUUCAAGGGACAUCAUUCAUAGGGAUAUCAAGCCAGAAAAUCUCUUGAUCAGCAAGGAUGGAGUUCUUAAGCUUUGUGACUUUGGUUUUGCCCGCACUAUUAACGCUGGCUCUAAUGGUCUCUACACUGACUAUGUUGCUACACGGUGGUACAGGUCACCUGAGCUCUUGAUAGGAGCCCCCUAUGGGAAACCAGUGGACGUGUGGGCCAUUGGCUGCAUCAUGGGGGAGCUGGCUGACGGUCAGGCUCUGUUCCCUGGGGACAGUGAGAUUGACCAGCUGUUUGUCAUCCAGAAGAUUUUAGGCCCACUGCCAGAGGAUCAGAUGAAAAUUUUUCUAAAGAACCCCAGGUUUCACGGGCUUAAGUUUCCUGCCGUCAAAAGGCCAAAGACCCUAGAAAAGCACUACCAUGGAAUCCUGACAAGCGUAGCAUUGGAUUUUAUGAAGUCUUGUUUGAGUCUUGACCCUUCUGAGCGUGCAGUUGUUGAUGACUGUAUCAGCCAUAUUGUCUUCCAAACUGACCGCGCUAUUGACCGGCACCCCUGUCAGCCUGUCAACAGUGGACACAGUUCCAGCAAGAAGAGGAGGACGGAGAAUCACAGGGAAACAAAUGUAGAGCAGGAUGAAAACAAUCCAAUGGAGGUGGACCCAACACUGGACAGAAAGACAACUGAGAAAGAGGAAGAUGAUGAGAUUAACUCUAAACCCCUCCACCCUCCUGUCAGCAGUAAAUAUCUCAAGCAGGUUCGCAACCAGACCACCGCCAACAGUAUAAGAAACACACUAAAGAGCGCAGAUCACACAAAGGAGACAGCUAACAGCGACAACACUUCAACUGACCAGCCCAACCCCAGUACUGACCACACCCCUGCCGUACACCACUUCCAGAGCACGCCUGACCCCACAGCCAGUCUACGUGAAUCACAAAACAAAACACUGGCCAAAGACACAUCAGACUCCAACCAGCAGCUCAUCAGCACGAAACACUCACCAGACGACACACCCAACAGCUCUAUACAGCACCUCCCAAACAGCCCUGUACAGCAUAAACAUGAGCUCCAACCAAAAGACAGUCACCACAGGGCCGGUUCCAGUUUUUCCAAGUCAGCUGUAGAUAUUUACGAAAAGGACCAGGGACUAACUACCGGGACUCACCAAACAGAUUUGACAUUUACAGAAUCACAAAAAAAAUUGACUGGCCCUACCAACCACCAUGACAACCACCACCUCUUGACUUUUGCUGACUUCCGAGUGGGCAACAUCCUGGACUACACCCCAGCCACUAACCCAGCCAGUCACCCAGCCGUGGGUAAACCUGGUAAAAAAACCAAAGAGCAGAGGGGCGGUGAGGUGGUCAGUGAAAAUCUGGAGACCCCAGAGAACAUGGAGUGGAUCAACACAGACUCCAGGUUUCUCAAACUAAAGACGAGCACGCAUCAGGACAAUGUCCUGGAGGGACCAACCAUCAGAUACAACGACACCUCAAGUCCUGAUAAAUCAGACUGUCAAAGCAAGCAGAAACCAGCCAGUUACUACACAAACACAAACACAUACACAGUUAACGUUGAUGCUCAUGGCAUUGCUGUCAGUGGCAAUGGUUCUCAAAAUGGCAACCGCACAAUUACAUCAUUUUCCUCAAGUAAAAUCUCCAGUAGUCCCCCAUUAGAGAAGAAAAAGCCGACACAGUCCCAGUUCCUGACAGCCACAACACAAAAUGAGAUCCAGCGCAUCAAGUCAAGCACCCUGCUGAAAAAAAUCAACAGAGAGAACAGGGAGGCAACAAAGGACAGUCUAGCACAGCUACAGCCUGUCCAGACAAUCACAGACAAACUCUCUGAUGCCAGGUUACAGGGAGUAGUGGACAAAGGGAGAGAAUCUGUUAUGACAUCACAACAAAGGAACACUAGAAGCAGAUUUUUAGACAGCCCACUGGAUUUAUAUGAGUCAGAAUUUGGUCAUCCACAGAGGGACAUUAGAGACAAUCGUUUUUUACAAGCAUCAAACAGUAGGCAAUAUGGCAGAUACCCACCAUACAACUUGAGAAUAGAGUCCCCAUCUGUUGGUCCGUUUAUGUCAUGGAGAAUGUCUGAAGGUACAAGUCAAAAUGUUUACAAUCUUGUGAGAAAAAAAAAGAAAAAGUUUGUCCAGGUGCCUGAGCCAUUUGAGGAUGGACGUCUUUCCCCCUCGGUAACCUUACGGAACACCUCUCGCCUGUCACGCUAUGACCCAGUAGACAGAGAUGACGCAGACUCAACAGUGGACAACACGAGCCCCAGGGAGCCCUACCUCACCCAGCACAACUUAGUCUCCACCCCCGUGCCACAUCAGUCAAGUAAUGCAGCACGAGGGAUUGACCAGCGAAGAUCUUUUAAACAACAGCCUGUUGGCUAUAGACGAAAUGCUGCCCCUAACACCCCCAUUGAAAGAGUAGGAAGACUACAACCCCUGAGUAAAGGACAAACACAGACGUUCUCCAACCAGCCAGCCAAUGCAAACAAUGAUAUCUCCCCCACAUCUAAACCCUAUGGCAAACAUACAGACAACAAGUCAACAGUUGCGUCUUCCAUACCCAGCAACACCGAGGACCUUCGUCUGAUUGGUUCUAAGUCCAGACAAGGAAUUCCUCUGAUGGAAGAAGAUUCCGGGCCCAGAUUGUUUACUGGGUACAUAGAGUCCAGGAUGGGAAGACGGCCAAGCAAAUCAGGGAAGAGCUCGGAACUAAAAUAAACAACUGACAACAGCUGAUGAGGAUGUUCAUUUGUGGAUACAACUAUUUUUUUAUUUCUCUGCAGCAAAGAUAUUUAAGAAAAUCUUGCAUUUAUUUAGAACUGUAAACAAAUUAUGAUCAGGCCAGAAGAUAUUGUCAUUCAUUCUAGUGUGUGCAUCAUUGCAAUAGUUUCAUUAAAUUAAUAUAUAAUAAUGAAAAUUCUUGAGCAUUAGAUUUCAGUCAUUCCAUUUUUAAUCCGUGAAAUGUUUUCUGUUAUUUUCAGUAAAAAUUGAUCAAUCUGAUUGUUUGUGCAUAUUAAGUUAAAUUUAAAUUAGGCCUAUAUAUUUAAAGUUUUUUAAAGUGAAUUUUAAUGAUAUCAAUCACCAAUGCAUUAGACAUUAUUAUGCAGUUAUGUAUGAGAAGUGGUACCUCUACGGUAAGUUUAUGGAAACUGGUACUUCAAUGGGAAGUGGUAUCUCUAUGGUUAGUGUA